AUGACGCUCUUCACCGACGCAAAGAUCACGGGGGAUUGUACCACAUCUACCUUGGAGGCACCAAGCGCAUGCGUGUGCCGGAAUCGGUGCUUCGUGGACACGCAGUGCCUGGCGGUGUCCAUCACUCAGGCGGCCUCCGUGUCCAAGUGUCACUUCAGCAGCAGCGCCUCGGUGCUCACCACCGUACUCAUCACAAACCCAGCAUUCAUCACUUUCACGAAGAAAAGAGAUGCGUGUAUGCCAGGCUUUGAAGCUGUGGGCGGAUUCUGCUACUUUUUCUCUGCCGAUAAAGUCGACUUUACUACGGCUAAAAGUUCGUGCCCAUCGGGCAGCGUGCUCGCCUAUCCAUCCUCUGCUACCCAAAUGGCUGAUCUCGUGGCUUACCUCAAAUGCAACAAGUCUGGAAUGAGCGACUGGUGGGUCGAUUUGACUCUGAAUGCGGGGAAGUGGCUCUGGAGUGACGGAACGGCAACCACUGGAGCAAAUUUGGGAAACUCUGAUGAUGGAGCAUGCGCCAGACUCUAUGCUAACUACGAGCUAAAUGACAAACCGUGCUCGAACACUUUCCGUUUCAUUUGCCAGUACAAGGUGUGA